CGAAUAAAUUCGUAACUUUAAACUGAAUAACGAAAACAUGGAAGCCUUAAGAAUCGGAAGAGAAGAGUCGAAACGUCGCCGUUGACGCGACAUUUUGACGCCGAAAAUUGUCCCGUAUGGUAAACAACAAAGUCUAAAAUCACCGAUUGGUCCAGCCGUUUCAAAUUCAAGUUAAAAAUCCACCUCGUGCAAAUGUCCCUCAUCAUCAAGCGCGUCAAGAACAUAUCGCGCAGGAAAAGGAAAUCCAGAUCGAGGACCAGGCAAAGGCAGCGCUGCGGCUGCUGCUGUUGCUGCAACGCCGGCGCCGACGAGUUCGACGACGACGCCUCCAAGUUCACCGUCAUCGAGGACUUUUACUCGGAGAACUUCCCGCCGCUGCGGCCCGUCUACAGAAAGGACAUCUUCGGCACGCCGAUCGUCUUUCGCGUCACGAAUGGAAUAGACUAUCGCGAUCAAGUCGACUACACCGUUAGAAUACAUAGCAUAACUUUCAUGAAGGAAUACAAAAACAAAUCGUUCGAAGAGCUACGCUGGCAGGACUACUCCUGCGGCAGACGGGAGAUCCUCCACUACGAGGAGAACAGCUACCUGCGCUGCCUGUCGGCCAAAUCGAUCGUCAGCAAGAUCAACUACAAGUUCUUCGAGCCGGCGCCGAAGAACAUUCCGCUGUCGCUGGCGCAGGACAAGUCGCUGUUGUCGAUCUGUCGAAGCAACUGUUCGGCCGACGAGCUGUUCGCCAAGCGACUGUCCGAUCUGUCCAAGGCGAACGUGUCGAUGAAUUCGUCGAUAAAAUCGUCGAGGAGCUUCGACGAGUUGAUGGACUGCGAGAAAUAUUCGGACAAGGUAUUCCUGUUCGCCAAGGACGAUUCCAUAUUGGACGCGCUGCCGAAGGUCUUCGACGACAAGUGCACCGGCGUCGUGAAGGAGUCGAGGCGUAGAUCGAUUUUGACCUACGUCGAUAAGAUAUCGCAGACGUUGAUUAAGAACAACUCGCCGACGAAGAGCUCGUCGGAUAUGUGCAGCAACACCAGGACAGAAGGUAAUUCCUCGAAGCAAGAAAGCAUCGAAAUGCUGCGGACGAAUCUGACCAGGUACUUCGAAAAGGCGGAACCCACCGCGACGAUGCCCUACGAUUUCGUCACCCAAAACCCCAAGUUCUUUCUGCCUUGCGCUGAAAUCGGCUUCGUCUAUCAGAACGCCAGACCGUCCACGUACGAUCUGAAGGAGCUGUCGCGACGACAACGCCAAUGCCCGGACAAAGAGAUAUCCCAACAGCCGCGCGACGAAGCCAAAUACAUUUGCAACAGCACCAUCAAUCGGAAUUACUUCAAAUGCAAAUUUCACCCGUACUUUCGCACCUGCAGGUUCGCUCACAAACCGGCCGCCGGUCGCUACAUUUUGUCUGGUAAAGAUGUGGUUUGGUAAUAACAGACGUGCCACACGUCGAUUGUAACCUUUUUCAAUUAAAAUCAUCUUUUU